AUGCCAUCUGUUCCAGUAUGUGUUAGAGUUAGUAGUAGUAGUAGUAGCAGUAGUUUUAGCAUCAAACAGAGAAACAACAAGUCCAACAAGACCGGUCUCAAGAAGAAGUCCAAGUUCACCAUUGACUGUAACGCUCCAGGUGGUAAGAUCCUUGACGUCGCCGUCUUUGAAAAGUUCCUCCACGAUCGUAUCAAGGUCGACGGUAAGGCUGGUAACCUCGGUACCUCUGUCACCAUCACCCGUGAUAAGAACAGAAUCGUUGUCCAAUCAGUUGUUCCAAUGUCCAAGCGUUACAUGAAGUACUUGACCAAGAAGUACUUAAAGAAGAAGCAAAUUCGUGAUUUUUUGCGUGUUGUUUCAACCUCUAAGAACGUCUACACCUUGAAGUACUUCGCCACUGCUGAAGCUGCCAUGGAAGAAGAAACCGCUUAA